UGCCGCUGACUCACACGGAUACAGUUAUUAAGGCGCGGUCCUCAGUUCUGUUCUUGUCUUCUCACUACAUUAUCUUGAGUUAGGGAGCUGGACAGAGAGUUAGAGGGGAGACCUUCAGAAAGACAGUCUUAGGGUGUGAGAGUUAGGGCGAGAGACGGUGAGAGUGAAAGAAAGUGUUUUUGAGAGAGAUAGAGAGAAAGCGACUUACUGAGCAAGAGAAUAGGAAUUAUAAGAGUAGUGAGGCCUGUAUAGGAUGUCAUGAUAAACUAAGAUGUGAAGAAAGAUCUGCACCGUCUGCCUGUUCAGGCCCAGAGACCCAGACAGAGGCCCAGCAGUCACACCCUGCAGCCUGAAGUAGAGAGGAGAGAGUGAGGGAGGGAGGUACUGUGUCUUGGCACACCAGCAACACACAGGACAUCCACAAACCAGAGAAAGAGAACAUGGAGACCCUCAUCAUCAAGAACGAAGAGAAUACAGAAGAGAGUCAUCCCACAACUGGAAGCAAAGAUGUCACCACAUCCAUGAUAAACAUGUGGGACCUGAACCUAAACCAGGAACAAGAGGACCCAAGAACAACACACGAUAAACCAGGGGAGAACACCCAGCCUCAGAACCAGGAACAAGAGGAUCCAAGAACAACGCACGAUAAACCAGGGCAGAACACCCAGACUCAGAACCAGGAACAAGAGGACCCAACAACAACGCACGAUAAACCAGGGGAGAACACCCCGCCUCAGAACCAGGAACAAGAGGACCCAACAACAACCCACGAUAAACCAGGGGAGAACACCCAGCCUCAGAACCAGGAACAAGAGGACCCAACAACAACACACGAUAAACUAGGAGAGAACACCCAGCCCCAGACAAUCUCUAGCGGGUUUACUGUCACCCCAGAAGAUGUGCUGUGUGACUCCUGCAUUGAGAUCCCGUGCCGGGCCCAGAAGUCCUGCCUCACCUGCCUGGUGUCGUACUGCGAGGCCCACCUCAGACCCCACCUGGAGAACCAGAGGUUCCAGAAUCACCGACUGGUGGAGCCCUUACAGGACAUUGAGUGUCGCACCUGUGAGGAGCACCGGCUACCGCUUGAACUAUACUGCCUGACGGACGGCUGCGGUGUGUGUGUGUGCUGCGAGUGUGAGGGACAGGGGCAUCUGGGGCACAGUACUGUACCUGUAGAGGAGGCUCGAAGACAGAUCCAGACAGAGCUGCAGAAGAAACAAGGGGAGAUUAUGAAGACCGUCUCAGUGGCAGAGAAUUCCAUUGGCAAGCUACAGAGCAACACUGCAUCCAUAGAGAGCUCGGUGGCAGGGGUACGUGCUGUGAUGGAGCAGCAGUUCUAUCUGCUGCUAGGGGCCGUAGAAGAGGCCCGGAGGAGGGCCACGGAGGUUCUGGAGGGGGAGCAGAGGCAGGCGCUCAGCCAGGCCGAGGGCAUCCAGGCCCACCUGGAGCAGAAGAGCCAAGAGCUGAAGAAGACCCUGGCCAGAGUGGAGAGACUCUUCAGGAACAAGAGGGAUGUAGACUUCCUGCAGGAAUACUCUGAGUGGAAGACGGGGGCUGUGGAUGUCUGUCUGCCUGGGCUCUACGUCGGCCUCACAGAUCGCCUGGCCUCCUUCAGCUGCCUGCUCACUGAGUCCACCCAGGAACUGUGUGACCAGCUCAAGGCUACCUACAGGGACAAACUGAAGGACAUCUGCAGGACUGAGAAACUGGGCAUUACAACCAUGGUCCAUCCCAAGAUGUCAAAGUCUUUUUCACUGCCUGAGCCUGAGAUGCGAGACGACUUCCUCACGUAUGCCAACAGUCUGACCUUUGACCCAGACACUGUCCACAAGUUCCUGAGACUAACCGAAGACGACAGGAAGGUGACCAACACCACGCCCUGGCAGCACAGCUACCCAGACACGCCCGAACGCUUCGAGUACUGGCGCCAGGUGAUGACCUCAGAGAGCCUCUACCUGGGCCGACACUACUUUGAGGCAGAGCUGAGUGGGGAGGGCGUGCACGUGGGACUCACCUACAAGAGCAUCGACCGGAAAGGCGUGGAGAGAGGCAGCUGCAUCACAGGAAAUGACUUCUCGUGGAGCCUCGGAAGGGAGGGGCGGAGCUUUUCCACUUGGCAUGCUGAUAUGGAGGCGGUCGUGGAAGCCACAAAUGUGUUCAUGAGAAUCGGCGUCUACAUCGACUUUGACUCAGGCUCAUUAGCUUUCUAUGGUGUGACUGACAUCGCUAUGAUACUCCUCUACAGGUACAAGGCUGAGUUCAUGGAACCCUUGUAUCCUACUGUCUGGCUCUCAAAGAAGGACAGUGUGGUUUUAUUGGUUGGUCCUAAGGACCCCCCACUAAUGAAGAGCUCAACUCUGCCUGCCACCCCCAUCACUCCCAUGGCAACAUCAGCUCCUGUCAGUCCAGAAUCAUAAUACUUUGACUGCAGAAGUGUAGUUAGGUUAGAGAGGCGGACCAGUACACAUUUCUGUUACAAUAAAGUAUCUAUUCUAUUCAUAAGCAGUUGCCUUAAGUGACUGAUACUGUACUUAUUUAACAGGACACAGCAUCAAGUAUCACAAGACAACAGACAGGGACUUUACAGGGGGUAUCUGCACUCAUCCAGGACCUAUAUACUAGGCGGUGUCAAGAGGAAGGCCCAAAAAAUUCUCCAGAUUCCAGUCACCCAACUCAUAGACUGUUCUCUCUACUACCGCACGGCAAGCGGUACCGGAGCGCCAAGUCUAGGUCCAAAAGGCUCCUUAACAGCUUCUACCCCCAAGCUAUAAGACUGCUGAACAAUUCAUCAAAUAGCCACCCAGACUUUGUUUUUACACUGCUGCUACUCGCUGUUUAUUAUCUAUGUACAAAAUGACCUUGACUAACCUGUACCCCUGCACAUUGACUUGGUACCGGUACCCCCUGCACAUUGACUUGGUACCGGUACCCCCUGUAUAUAGCCCUGUUAUUGUUAUGUCAUUUUAUUGUGUUACUUUUUAUUUAACUUUUUACUUUAGUUUAUUUUAGUAAAUAUUUUCUUAACUCUAUUUCUUGAACUGCAUUGUUGGUUAAGGGCUUGUAAGUAAGCAUUUCACUGUAAGGUCUGGACCUGUUGUAUUCGGCGCAUGUGACAAGUAUAAUUUGAUUUGAUAUAGAUCAAAACAUGACACUGAGGGAUUGAGUAAUAACCUUUAACUGCCCUUUUUAUUGGAACAGGUUAGCAUGUGACUGACUUGCUAACUACUGUGAUUGGUCUUUCAUAUGCAAAAACAUACUAUGUUUAUUUGACAUUGUGCUGAGUACUAACUACCAAGAUGAGUUCAAGGGCUGUCUUUCAUUGUUGUGUCAAUGUUCAAUCCAAUGUAAAUCAUAUUAACAAUGUGACAAAGCUUU